AAACGUUGUGGGGACUGGAACUCGGACGCCAUAGUUACAAUAGAAUAGCAUUCCUCCAUAAUCACACAAUCGAUCUAGACAUCGCUGUUGCUGAUGCAUCGCCAUUUUCUUCUCCGAGACUGUUCCCGUUUCCUGCGGCAAUUGUGACGAGGCCUCAUCGCUGCCGUCUUCUUUCUCCAGCUGUAAAGGCGUUGAAAUUCGAAGUCAUGCAGCCUGGAAGGACAUUUCUGCGGUCAUUACAAACUACAUUCCUCAUGCACAUCAAGGGCAAAGUGCACAAUGAAAAUGGAAGUUUCAGAUUGCAGAGACGAUCAAAAGCUCUAAGAUGUACCAGGCCAGAGCGAGUUGAUUCCUAUCCUAGGACCGGCCCACUUGAAAGGAGCGACAUCGCCAAUCGCGUUCUAGCUGUUGUGAAAGCAUGUCCAUCUGUGGAUUCCUCCAAGGUCGAAGAGUAUGCCAAUUUUGAAGAGGACCUUAAACUCGAGAAAGGGGACGUGGUUCUACUUGUGUUGAGUGUGCUUAAGAAGUAUGACUUGGUUCUCUCAUACGUAGAGGCUAGAAAAAUGACUACGUGCGCUCAAGUGAUUGACUACAUCGAAUCACAAGUCUGUCCUGAAUACGCUUCCAGCAACGAUGAAGAGUGAUAGACAAAUUUUACAGAAUAACUAAUAGCCUGUACAAACUACUCAAACCCUAAACGCUUGUGUAAAUUAGGGUCUAAACUCUGUCAAGAAUUCAUUAACGCGUCUUCCAAAUUGGACUGUCCAAUUCGAAAUUUGAGAAUUUUCUGAAAUUUCUCACUGUUCUUGAUGUAAUCAAUCUCACUUCCCAUGCAUAGAUUG